GUAUUCAGAUCCUCAAACCGGUUCGUCAACUCAAACAGCGGCAACUAGUCUUUCAGUCGAAUUCGGUACUCUCAACGUGCAGGUUACCGAAAAAUCUCUCGUGUCCCGUUUCAAAUGUCAGUACAGUGAAAAAAAAGUCUAGUGUCUUGUGAAGUUUGGACUCCUUAAAGUUAGGCGACUUUUGUUAGAACUGUCUUUUAAUACCAUCUUUGGUUAAUACCAUCUUUGGUUAAAAUCAGCUUUAGUUACAAUUCAACUUUGGUUUAAACAAUCUUUAGUUAAAAUCAACUUUGGUUUAAGCAAUCUUUAGUUAAAAUCAACUUUGGGAAAUUGUUCGUUUAGGAACAAUUGUUUCAACUCCAAAGUUAAUAGACUUGUGUCGAACCAAGUGAAUCGGUAGUGAUUGAACAUUUCGAACAAAAGUGUACGUUGAAUCUUUAAAGAAAAGAAUCGAAAAUGUUGAGUUCACAUCAACAGCAUCCAGCCUAUGGAUUUCUCUCAGGCAUGGAUUUGAAUUCAAUGCAUCAUGUCUCGCAGGAGAUGACUCACAAUGCACAUCAGCAGCAUCAAUCGCAAGUCUCAUCACAGGAGCAACACAUUAAACGACCAAUGAAUGCCUUCAUGGUAUGGUCGCGUAUUCAACGUAAAAAGAUUGCCCUCGACAAUCCAAAAAUGCACAAUUCCGAAAUAUCGAAACGUCUUGGCGCCGAAUGGAAACUCCUCACCGAAUCCGAGAAGCGACCAUUCAUUGACGAGGCUAAACGAUUGCGAGCAAUGCACAUGAAGGAGCAUCCCGACUAUAAGUACCGACCAAGAAGAAAACCCAAAGUACCAAUGUCAGUGGUGCCCGGCGGUAAGGCCGGUUCAAUGAAUCCAGCUGGAUUCCCAAGUUUCCCGCUGCCACCAUAUUUCGCGAGUCCAGCAUCAGCGGUGACUCAUCAUCAUCAUCCGCAUCAUGCACCACAUCCACUGGAAUAUCCACCGCUCUCUGGCUAUUUUGGUUCGGCAUUCGACGCUGUUCAUUUGGGUAAAUUGGUGUCCGGUGGUGUUCAUCCAAAUUCAGCGGCAGCAACGGCAAGUCAGGCGGCAGCUGAUGCCGCUAAUAAUAAUGCAUCGGCCGCUGCUGUUGUCAGCAGUUUUUAUUCGUCAUUCUACCCGCCGAGCACAAAUACUGGCAAGACACCUUAUGGCCAUGGUGCAUCACAUUUGAAUCCAUUGUUCACGAGUGCACAUCAUCAUUCAGUGAAUACAAGUGCAUCAUCGUUGAUGUUCUCGAAUUCGGCGGCAGCUAAUGGUAUGGGACUUCAUCAUGGUAGUUCAAGUAGUCCUGGCAGUAGUCCCGGGUCAACGCCAAUUUCCCAUGCCUCAACACCCACGACACCAUCAUUGGAUCUCGAUCAACUUCGACGACCCGUCUCUGUCAUCUUUUAGAAAUUUUUCAUUCACUUUUUUUGUUCUCUUUGCAUCGGAGAUGAGAAGUGUUGUAAAGACUGUUGUUUUGUAUUUAUUAGUCUUGUUGUAGAUUUACGGGUUUUUGAGUUUAUUGGGACUACUUUAUAGAGAGCAAAGAGAGAUGAAAAAAAAUAAUGUACAGGGUAUGCAUUUUCAUCAUUCGACAUAUUUCUAUUUCUUUUUCUAAAAAAUCAGUUGAUCGGGUGAUCUUUGGAUCACUUAAUUUCAUCUUUAAGAUCUUUUUAUUCAGUGUCACGUUUUUCCAUAGUAAGAACACGUGAUCACUGAAUAGACCUUAAAGCAAGAAAAAGAUUCUUCAACUGAUUUCGAUUUAGAAAAAUUCUACAGUAUUUAAAUUGAUAUAAUAUAGAAAUUGUCAAUUUGUAUUUAAAGAAUUUUGUAAUUAUUGCGUUUACGAAACAAUUCUGAUCGAGUGUGUUGCAAUCAAUAGGCGAAUAUUUGUAAUCAAAUUUUGGGUAUAUUUUGAGAAAAUUUUGUUCUUGUUUUUAAAUUUUGUUUAUACUUCAGGAAUAAUUCGAUAAUCAAAAGCGAAUAAAUUAAUAGAUUCUUGAUAAAAAAUGUGAUUCGAUAGAAAUUUUCAAUUUUGGAAAAAGUGGAUUCGAAUUUGUGGAAGUUUUAAAUUAGAGACCAAAUUUCAAAUUCCAAAUUUUGAUCAGAACCGAUAAAGGAAAAUGUUUGUAUUUUGCCCUUGAAGUGGCUUCCCAUUAACUGUGAUUUCGUUAAUAUGUAAGCAUGAAGUAAGUUAAUUGACUUAUAGUGAUAAUGAAAAUGAAUUGCAAGAA